CCACACAAGAAUCCUACUUCCAGCCGCAGCCAGUUGAUUCGAGCACUUCUGUGUAUGUUGUAUGCGUUGCGUAACUAGCUGAAGUUGAACUCAACGUUUGGUCCACAGUUCGCAUCAUCGUGGCUACUGGUUCCAGAAAUGAAUGUAUUUAGAGCUCUUUUGAGGUUAGGUAGGACUAAAGUGCAUGUAGGUACUGAUCAUCUGGGAAAUAAAUACUAUGAAAUUCCUGAAAAAGCAGCGAUAACUUCCAAAGGAGGAUACUUGAAAGCCAGGAGAACAGUAGAAUCACCAUAUUCCCAUGCAGAGUAUGAGGAAGGAAUGAUCCCUUUGGAAUGGGAAGCAUGGGUGAGGGGAAAACGAAACAACCCACCAACUCAGGAGGAGAUCGAUAAGAGAGAGCAGAAGACGCAAUUGGUCAAGAAGAGAGCUCAGGAACUGGAACAGAAAGAUCAAGAGAGGCAGACAAAAGACUACGAAGAAGGACUUGUGGCAAAACCUGCACAGACAAAACAAAUUGGCCAUGCCUCAGCGCCAGUUUACGACAAGGUCGACUCAGCCGAGUCUGUCAGCACCGGCAAGGACUUUGAGCCCUCCGCAUGGCAGCCUGGUCAGUCGACAUCCAAAGUCAAAUGAGACAGUCACACUUUUACCUAAGACCACGGUACAGAGUGUAGGAGUUCUUGUGAAGAACUGAACUGCAUGCACUGGCGCUGCGACUUGCAAAAGGGAGAAAUGUGCAGCAAUAAGGAAUGUGUAAAUAGGUGCAGUGGAAGUCAUCAUUCACCAAUGAAUGGUUGGUAUGACAUAAGAUUUCUGAUGGAGGAUACCGAAGAGCGGCCAGCAACAUGUGAAGUCUGUGAUGUAAGAAGACUCAGAUAUGUCAGAGUUGGCGUCAUUCAGAGACCUUCACCUACGCUGAAAGUUGUGUUGGGUCAAAAAUAAGCUUCAAAAGUGCCACAGUUUUUUCCCAACUGUGGAAAUGUAUGAAAAAGGACAGUUUGUCUUCCACAAGGCUUUACUAUAGACUCAUUUGGUACAGAGGCCCCUUUGAUUCAUAUAAAUGUUUUCUGUUGACAUAUGACAAUGCCAAAUAAACCAAGUACAUUGUAGCUGAUCUGACUGCUUUUGGGUAUAUCUGUGAAAACCUCUAAAGUACAAAGGGGACUCUUUGCAACCUGAGCCUGUCUUCUGUCAACAAGCAUUUUGUAAAUAAUAAAUUUAAAUUAAAAUGCACGUUGUACAUAAUGUGCACAGGUCCAAAUGCACAAACGUGUAAUUUAACAAUUCAGUGAUGCCACCUGCGUUGUUUUUUUUUUUUUUUCUUAACACAACUUAGGACCUGUAAUCACCGUAAGUACAUUUUGACAAUGCACAGUGAAUUGUAUUUCUGGACGAAUGAGAAAUUUAUUGAGGUUUUUGCAUGCAGGCAUGUACUAGAGGCAUCCCACCCAAAACUGAGAUUAGCAGACCCAGUGUUAAUUCAACAAGCCAAAUGUUGUCGACUGAUUAAAAAAAAAAAAAUUGCUUCAGAGUUCACUGUGCAUCUUCCUUGUUCUCGUGGCCCAGCGCAGCAGGAAAGGAAGAUAAACGAGUCUUGUACAGUACUUAGCCUGAUGAAAGAGAUACAAUUCAACCUUGAGUAAACACUGGUGUCCAAUAAACAUGUACUUGUAUAAGGUGCCGUUCCUUGGGACUGCACUCCACACAUUGACAACGUGGCAACGGUUAAAUAUUACUGUUCCAUCAGCACAACAAUCUGACAGGAAAUCCCAGACAACUGUAUCCAUCCAUACUGGUGUCUUGAAAAGUUUAAUUCCAUUAUCACAAACAUACCAUGCACCAAACCGAGCCACCAAAGUCUCCAGUGAAAACAGCCUUGAUAACGGGAGAAGGAGGGAGGGCUUGAUAAGGAUAUCAGAUUUCAAUUUAAAAAAAUUCCACUACAAAAUACAUUCAUUUGUUUUGGUUUGUCCGCUCUCCCUCCGAGGGGAUGGGCAACUAUCAACAAGGUGCUAGGGGGGUGAGUUUGGCACAAAUUCUGGAACAAAGUCCCCACAAAUACAGCAAUCAUGUUCAGGUUACUUCAACAAAGCAAAGGCAAACUAUUGUCGAUGCCAUCUAUUAUAUCGUCGUGUAACUUUUUGAUAAGAAUGCUCCCUUCAAAAUGGUUUUAACUUUUCCUUUAAAAAAGAAAAAAGUGGUAAACAGGCCUGCUCAGAAACAAUGGUCAUUCAUCGUGUCUGACCUCCAAAGGGUGUAAAUUUUAUAUAAAACCCGUUGUAACAAAGAGAAAAAAAAAUGGUCCUUAGCUGUGCACAAAAGAAUGUUGGGAACCAGACUUCUGUAAUUUUGUGCAGAUUUGCGUGUCCACACUUCUUGACCUGUCGGCCAUUCUAACAUCGCAUACCAACUAAUUGCUUAAUUCUACAUACAAUCAAUCCGCUUCAGGAACUGAAUACAUUCAAUACAUGCUGAAAUGUUCAUUCAAUCCAUGCACCGAAGAGUGCUCGGCCCUAAAAUCAAAUUUUUCUCCCAAAGGAGGGGAUUCCACCUUCAGAAGCAACUUAAAAUUAACUCUGGCAUUUGCAGGAGCAUCAUAAUCAAUGUAUAUUUGCCAAUUCAUUUUGAAAAGCCAAAAGGCUUUAAAAUUGUCUAUACACACCAAAUACCAAGCAUAUUUACACAUUGUAACUAUUAAAACAGCGGAAUGUUAUCCAAAUAAUCUAAGAAUUACUGCUGCCCUGAAUAAUCCAAUUAAUAAAUAUUGUACAAGCUUAAAAACAAAAACCAAUACUAAUUAAAAUCAAAUCCUACAUAACAGGUAUGGAACUGUCAAAUAAUCUUGUGCAAAAUGGGACUAAAUUGUGGGACAAAUAUUUCACUGCUUGGAAAGAGGACACGUAGGAGUAUGUUGCAAAUUACACCAAAAAUCAAAACCAUUAAAAAUGUAAAAACAUCGCCAUCUUGUAAAUGCAUCCCCCACACUAUUCACGUUUGCAGUCACUCAAAGACAGAUGUGCGUGCACCAUCACGUGAGUGAGUAGGCAAUUAACCUCAAUAGAGAGUUUAACACCGGAACAGUAAAACUUGUAAGAAACACAUCAUGGCAAAUUGAUUGGUAAGAAAAGGAAAACCUUCUGAUUUUGGCAUGCAAGGCUUAUUGCUCAGCAACACAGAGGACUAUUCAUACAUGUAUAAAUAAAAAAUAAAAAAAAGACCCACAAAGUUACGCAGUGAGGGAGUGGUCUACAGGCAAGUUCAAAUGAUGUCUGAUCUGAAGUUCACUGUAGUUUGACCAAAACAGCCUGCACGGUGGAUAGUUUGGAUCUUCUAGUUGACAAUUUUGAACCAGGCCCUGUGGUAUGGGUCGCACUGCUGGUUAUCAGUAGCCAAUGUGAUGUUUUAAGUGUGGGGGGAGCUAUUCACAUGAAUAUUAUUCUUUGAGAUGUCAUGUAUUCUGCAAGAGCCACAGCCAAAGGCAAAAUGUGAGUAACAGUGAGAUUGUACUAAAUUGUUUGACAAGGGCUACAUCUGGUGGUCAAACGACAAUUGCAUCUGAACUUGCCCUAGGUUAUAAAUCGCAUACACUGAAUCAUCAACUUCGACCCAAUUAGGAAACUGUGCCCAUGUGAAGCAAAUGAGACCACCUAAACAAACUUAGCCCCUCGUUUGCACAAACACUGACCUAAUAUUGACAAAGACACAGGGUUCAAAUUGUACGUCACGCAGCCUCAAAUAUACCUGUCCCCUUUUCAUUCUUACACAAGCACUAAAACAACUGGAAUUUUUUUCCUGAGAGUGAGAUGAAAAAUAGCUGGGUAGCAAUUUCACCUGUAAAUUUUAACUUAAUUUGCAAAUUUCUAAUUGUUGCUGGAUAUCCAUUUCGUCACAAGCCUACAUGAACAUGCUGAAUACUUAAAUGGGUCAACCAACAGACAGCAACUAAAGCACACAAAUGCAUGGUACAAUCUUCUCGGUGCUGUAAACCAUUCGUAAUUUCUCCAUUCGAUAAUUCAAAGUUACAAGUGAUAUCGAAAAUGAGACAUUGUUUUGACCAAUGCUGGACUAAGAUCCAGUGCACACGUGACAGAAGCCUUUCGGGGACAGAUAGCUAUGCACUAAUGCCAUAACCGCAGACUUCCCUGGGUUUGAAAAACCCUGUUUGUGGAUUCUAGCUACCAAGACUGGAAAUUUUAAAUGACACGCUGAACAAAAAAACUUUCUCAUUUCUUACUCUCACGCAGACAGGAUGCGAAUCACUGGGAUAUUGGCCAGAAAUGAACAAGUGAAUUCAGAAGAAAUUAAAAAGGGGGGGGAGAGGAAACGGUGCCCCAACCAGUCAACUUUUGUGGCUUCAACAGCAAAGACUAUCCCAGGAAAUAAAAGUUUCCUGUCGCAAACCCAGUGUGAUUAACACGUAUUACAUCGAGGAAAACUUGUAAAAUGUCCAUCAUCCAGAUUACAACAAUAAUACUCUCUCAAAUUUCUAGAAAAAUAGACUAACAUUUUCUUUAACAAACCUAAACAUUUCUUCUUUUUUCAAUAUUUGUGAAAGCACCACUCUAACUGUGGGCGUGUCUUCUCUGUACAGAUUUCAAAAAGUAUGGCAUUUUACGAAAUGGAAGAAUUCUGUGAUUGCCACGACGUGAC